AUGCGAUUCAAGGUUCUCAUUGUUCUGUUUGUAUUGCUGAUUCUGAUGGGUGUGCUCGGAUUUGCACCCAUAAACCUCGAAGGAAGGAUCAAUGACAAAGUCUUACAUUUUUGUUCAUUCUUUUUACUUGGUGCCUGUCUAUAUUAUCUGUGGAAUCUUUCUUAUCGUCGCAAUGUACUAUUUGCAUCUAUCAUUCUUUUUUUUGCUGCUGUACUAAGUGAAUUUGUACAAGGAUUAUUACCAUACCGUACCUUUGAUCCAUAUGAUAUCCUUUCCAAUGUGACAGGCGGGACCUGUGGCAUUGGGCUAGCAUUUUUAUUAGACUAUUUUUUUACUUCAAGACGAGCACAUCGUCGCCGCUGGGGAGGCAAGCGAGAGGCAGAGUACCAGCGAGCAUUGAUGGAUGACAUUGAUCUAGAAGAAGACGAUAUGCCUUUGACAGGAAGUCGAUAG